UAGUGGCGCGAAUAACAAGGCGAACUUCUGAAUGUAUUCAACCAAUUAAGGAAAACAAAGAAGGAAAUGCCAAUGUAGUCGGCACAUUCGCGACAAAUUACCCUCAAGUACGAACUAUUACAAGUGAUAUUUUAUCAAAUCUAGUUAUUUAUAUUAAGAAUUUAGCUAACCGGUAACUGGCUGCUACCAUCGAGUAAUUUUCCGUAAAGUUAGCACGGGCUGUGCGUGACAGUGAGCAGCAGCAACACUUUCUAUAAUUCUAUUUUCACCCAGUUCGGGGGAAAAAAUGGAGCUGGUCUGACUACAAUUUAAGUAAGUUAUCCAGUCAGUUAAUUGUUGACGGUCUUCGAGACCCCGGAUGAGGUUGGACAUCAUGUCCAAAGGCGACAAGGAGGGCUUUAUUGUCAAAUUUGUUGGAAGUAAAGGACAGACAUCAGAGUAUGCUGCCAAAGCUUAUGAGGCUAUUAUGGAGCUGCAGUCGGAAAAGUACCUCAAGAAGAUCGACGAGGAAGCUGUGUUAAAGAUGGACCAGAAGGACAAGUCCCUCUUUGUUUUCAGUGACUUUGACACUCCUGCCUUCCAGCACUGCAAGAAUCUCGGCUGCCGGAUCGUGAGUCCGCUGGUGGUGGUGUUCUGCUUGCAGCAGCAGCGUUGCGUACCCAAAGCGGAGAAGCCGGUCUACAAUAUGGCCAUGGACGACAUCACCGUCUCCUGCACAAGCCUGGAUAAAACGACUCGGGCCGAGGUGAUGAAUUUGGUGCAGCUCAUGGGCGGGCGUGUCUAUCUCGACCUCAACGUGUCCGUCACCCACCUGAUUGCUGGUGAGGUGGGCAGUAAAAAGUACCUGGUGGCCGCCAGCCUGGGCAAACCCAUCCUGCUCCCUUCCUGGGUCAAAGAGUGCUGGGAGAGCUCUCAAAACAGUCUGUUCAGGUACACGGAGCUGCCCUUGGAGGGCCACCUGUGCCCGGUGCUGCGGGGCUGCACCGUGUGCGUGACAGGUCUCUCCAGCACCGAGCGCAAAGAAGUGCAGCGUCUGUGCGAGCAGCACGGGGGCCGCUACACCGGCCAGCUCAAAAUUAACGAGUGCACCCACCUCAUCGUCAACGAAACCUCAGGUCAGAAGUAUGAGUGCGCACGCAAAUGGAAUGUGUACUGCGUGGCUCUGCACUGGCUCUUCGACAGCAUCGAAAAAGGCUCCUGUCAGGACGAGUCCCGCUACGCCGUGGAGCGCCGGACCUCCAAAAGCAGCCAGCCAAACACGUCCACGCCCACCGGCUCCGGCCAGAAGGAAGAGGGUCCUUCUCUGCUGGGUUUGAGCCACAUCUCUGUCAACACCAGCGUGACAAUAAAUGAUACGGCCCUCACGAAUGGAACCGUCAGCCGGGUGGAAGCUCCGGACCCGAUCGAAAGUCUGGAUCUGACCGUGUGCCCCGCAGAGGACGUCCUGGACGGCUGUAAGCUUUAUCUCUGCGGCCUGCCUGUGAAGAAGCUGGACAAGCUGCGUCGCCUGGUGAACGCCGCAGGGGGUCUUCGCUUCAACCAGCCCAGCGAGGAGCUCACACAUGUGGUCAUGGGAGAACCAGACCAGGACCUCAAGACUUUCCUGUCCAGAGCAACUCACAGACCUCACGUGGUGACAGUCCAGUGGCUGUUGGACAGCUUCUCCAAAGGCCGCCUCCUCCCAGAAGAAGACUUCCUCCACCUCGACUGUCUGCCUCCCGCUCCUGCAGAGGUGUUGUCCACGCCGGCCUCCAGGUCCUCGGUCGGACCCCCCGCCGCCAGUCCCAGCACACCAAAACUGAAGCAAGCGGAGGAGGACCUACUCUCGCAGUACAUGGAUGAUGACAUGACAGUUAUUGACGUGGCGCCAGCAGCCGAGAUCGAGAGCAGGAGGUCCAUCAGCUUGCCCGCCGAGCAGUCCUGGACCCUCAACCACGGGGCCAGACCACAGUCAGACUACACUGUGCAGGAGGCCAGUGAGGCGGGUCUCUUUGCCGGAAAACGAUUCCUCUUGCAGGGCUUCGGCGCCGAGGCCGAGGCUCAACUUUCCCUGUUGGUGAGGGAGAACGGAGGUCGGGUGCUGGCGAGCCGCACGCGUGCCGUAGCUGACUACGCCGUGGUGCCUCUGCUGGGCUGUUCUGUGGAGGCCACGGUGGACGAGGUGGUCACUGAUACAUGGCUGGCUAUGUGUGUGGAGAGGGAGUGCCUCCUGGAGCUUUACUCCAAUCCUCUCUUCACUCCCGUUCCCGUGAUGGAUGGACAUUUCCCUCUCAAGGAUUGCAUCCUUUCUUUCAGCCAGUUCACAGGAGCCGAGAGGGAGUCCUUGGUGGAGCUGGCCAAGCACCUGGGAGCCAAUGUCCAGGACUACUUUGUGCGCUUGGCCAACCCCAAAAAAGGAAUGCUGGCCAGCACUCACCUGGUGCUGCAGAGCCCUGACGGCACCAAGUACCAGGCGGCCAAGAAGUGGAGUCUCCCGGCAGUCACCAUGCACUGGAUCAUGGCGUCGGCGAGGACCGGCCAGAGGGUGGCCGAGGAGCGCUUCCUGAUUGACCUUCCACCUUCUCCUGAGAGGGAGGAGGAGAGUUUUGUCGCCGCCUCCCAGAGGACGUCCAUGCCGGCACCGGCCCAACCGGCGCGCUCCUUUCCGGACAUCCCGCUGCUAGGUUUUCAGAGCGGCAAGGCGGUCACGCCGCUGGAUUUGGGACGCUUUCAGAGCAAAAUGUUCCACUCCGUGUUGGACGAGAUGAAGUCGAAAAAAGACGUGGCCACGCCCAAGCAAAGCCAGGAGGACGGCCGCAGGAAGCAACUCUGCAAGGAGCCCUCGCUGCAGCUGGACACGCCGUCCCGGUUCCUCAGCAGGGAUCAGCUCUUCAGGCCCUCAUUCAAUGUUAAGGAUGCCUUAGAGGCACUUGACACUCCAGGUGGGAGAUCCAACCCCAACGAGAGUGCGGAGACGCCGCUGACGGACCUCAUCAACAGGAACAUGAAGGUGGCGCUGGCCAACAGCGCCCGCGCCAGCGAUGUCGCCAACAUGCAAGCGGUUUCUGCCAGCCCCGAGCUCAGCACCACCAGGAAGGAGGCUGUACAAAAGGAGGCCGGCCUGCUGAGUGGCAUUGUGAUCUGCGUGGGGAAGAAGCUUAGCAAGAUGCAAAGCGAACUGUACGCCAUGGCCGCCUCGCUCGGAGCAGACUUCAGAUGGGCCUGCGACGAUACCGUCACCCACUACAUCUACCAGGGCCGAGUGGGUGACAACAGUCGGGAAUACCGAGGCAUGAAGGAGAGGGGGCUGCAUGUGGUCUCGCAACACUGGUUGAAAGCUUGCGCCGAGGAGCAAAGGCACGUCUCGGAGUCUCUUUAUCCUUUCACCUACAACCCCAAGAUGAGCCUGAACCUCAGUCAGGUUCCCAGCAGCUCGCAGAGGUCUCCGCCUGUCACGCGACCACAACUACGAGACAUCACCGAGGCCACGGAUGACAACGUGGGCCCAAAUGAUUCUGAGCUCAAGGCAGUAGAAGACCCUUCUACCUCUCACCACACAAGCGACGGAAGCGAAGAUCAAGACGGCCUUGCAGACAAGAAUGAUAUUUCAGAGGCGCUGGAGAUGAGAGAGAACCUGCAAAGAGCGCUCCAAGAGAUCAUGUCUGCCACCAAAAAGACGACCGGCAGGCGGAUGUCGGUGCGGCUCAGUCGGACGGCGUCCGCCGGCGCCGACUCUGCCCCCAACACUCCUAGCGGCAGCAGGCGCACUCUAGAAGCGUUAAGGGUCUCCCGCGCAGCUGCUCUGGAUCUCAACACGGAGCCCUCCCAGAGCGAGCAGAUCGUUUGGGACGAUCCGACAGCCAGGGAGGAGAGGGCCAAGCUGGCCGACAACCUACAGUGGCCCGGUAGUCCUUCGCAGCACUCGGAGCCUCAGGCGCCACCCCCGCCGACCGCAGUGCAGCACGACGCGCAACUCAAGGACUCCAUGACCGACUCUGACCUGGUGGAGAUGGAGGCUUGUGAUGUCAUCGACCAGCAAAUGGGCAAGAAGGGCUCAGCGCUCCCGCAGGAGGAGCCGCGGAAUAACAUCCUGACUCCCGAAGCCCCCAGCAUCGCGAUCCCCACGGUAGCUCCUGAGCCAGAGGAGGAAAGUGAAGAAGUGAAGACGCCGCCCAGAUUCCAGCUGUCCUCCCUCAGUCCUCAGGAACGCAUCGAUUACAGUCACCUCAUCGAAGAGCUCGGUGGCGUCAUUCUGGACAAGCAGUCGUUUGACCCCAGCUGCUCCCACAUCAUCGUAGGCACACCCCUUCGCAACGAAAAAUACCUGGCAGCCAUGGCGGCCGGCAAAUGGAUCCUGCAUCGCUCAUACCUGGAGGCUUGCCGUUCUGUGGGCCGCUUCAUACCGGAGGAGGACUACGAGUGGGGCAGCAGCUCCAUCCUGGACGCGUUGCCCUCCAUCACCUCGCAGCAGAGGCGCUUAGCGUUAGCUGCCAUGCGCUGGAGGAAAACCUUGCGGGGACCCACGGAACAGGGCGGAGCCUUCAGCGGAUGGACGGUGAUGUUGAACAUCGACCAGAGCCGAGAAGCCGGCUUCAGGCGGUUGCUGCAGUCGGGCGGGGCCCAGGUGCUGCCGAGCGCCUCUCCUUCAAUGUACAAGGUGGCCACGCACUUGUUUGCCGACUUCAGCCGCCUGCGGCCGGGCGACUUCCGUGCGGAUGUGUCCGAGGCCUCCGCCCAAAACGUGACUUGCCUGAAGCCCGAGUACAUCGCCGACUACCUAAUGCAGGAGCCCAUCCCACCCACGGCGCUCUACCUCCUCGCCGAGAGCCCCCCCGGUGAGGCUCCCGGCACGCCGUCACUUAAACGCAAAGCGGCAGAGCGCACCUCCCGGCUGAAAAAGUCUCGACUGCACUGAAAAAAACGCCCUUUCGCUCUCAUGUUCCGCUCAUAGAAAAUAUUGUAAAUAAGAUUUGUUUUUCCUGUGAAAUAAAGUAUGCGUCGUGUCUCGGUGAGGAGACUGCAGUGUGGCUGCAGGCUGUGAUUGAUGACUCUGAGGAGGGCCCUGCACAAAAUGUCCAGUCAUGCGUUGUUAUUGGCUGCAGACAUGGUGGAUGGGCUGCAGGGGGCGCUACAUCGUCACGCUUGUGUUGCCAUGUUCGAGGUUGGUUUGCUCUUUCUUUUUUUUGUAGGCACGUGGAUUCUUCUGAUUCAUCAUUGGGUGAGACAUUUCUCAUUAUCUCACUUUAAUUAAUUGUCUUUUUGGUCCCGUUCAUCCCUUUUAAAGGCUACAGUUUGUCUCACUGUGCAGUAAACACUAGAAUGUUUUUACAUCUUGACAGUGGUGGGAAGUAGAUACUAGUUACGGUACCUUUUUUCAGAUAUUUGUAAUUGAGUAUUUUUCUGAUUACUGUUUACUUUUACGACCUACAUUUGAAAACGGAUCUGUACUUUCUACUCUUUGCCCAAAAUAGGCUUCUCACUUCUUUUAGCCCUGCAAAUGACAAAAAGUAAAACAAAAAUGAGAGAGUUAAUAUUAACUGCAGUUAAGCUUUUGAUUAAUUUUGGAGGACCGUGAACCAAGGGACCCUUAACGAGGAGAGCAACAGAUGCAGAGAACCAAGGUAUUCCUGUUCUGUGAUUUUAUUUAAGAGAAUUGUUUGUUCUUAUCAGCUCAAAAGAUUGAUUUUCAGCUUGAUAUGCCUUUACCCAUGUAUUUUUAUUUUAUUCUCCAAAGAAGAAUCUUUAUCUGGGUCUACUAAAAGUAAAAAAAUAAUGCAGUGCAUUAUGAAUUAAUUGUCGAAGUGUCAUCUGGUGUAUUUUUCGUUCAAACAAAACCGUAACAGUAAUGUGAAGAAAUAUGUAGUGCAAGAACAACAAAGUGUGUAACAACCAAUAUAAUUGAUCAAAAUAAAAUUUGCAGAGUAUUAAAUGAAUUCAACUAUACAAUAUCAUGCAAAUACCUAAAUAAUGAUGUAACUGAACAAAAGUACUUGAAACAAGGUGACACAAAUUGUAUAAGAAAUGAGGUGCUAUCUUGACUUUUGUUGAACUUUUUUUGCUUUGUAUAGCAAGCCAAAAACAUUUUGCGAAUAAGCUUCAAAUCCACUCGCUUGAGUAGAGUAGGAGGGGGGAAAAUGGAGCAACUAGGGUACUGUAAUGCCCUCACAUGUGACCAAGGUGCACUUUCAAACGUAAACGGGACAAAUACAAAAUGAGAACACUUGCGAGGAGCUGCUGUAGGCCACAACUCACACCCAGAUGCUCACAUGCAGACUAACUGGCCAAUCCGAGUCCAGCUAUUGAUGUCACUAGGCCACGCCUCUUAAAGCCACACAUCCAGCACAUAAAUACUACGGUGAUUAUACUUUCUGGCUCCAGUUUACUUCUUCACGUUCCUUUUUUAAUUUCAUUUU